CGACUUCGUCGAUACGUACAUCCCUUUUUAGCCUUCGUUACCACAACCGCUUGCAAGCGAUCCCUCCCCCUCCCCCCUCCACCAGCAGUCGUCGGGACGCCCCCCCAUCUCCAAACUCCUGAACUUCCCUGACCUCUGCGCCCUCAAUUUCAUCAUCCAUGGUCAGCGCAGAACCAUCCGAUAACACAACAACCAUGGCCUCCUCGGCUCCCUCGGUCGCCCUGAUGCCACCGAUGCCCGCGCCUGGUCUGAGGGACCCCGCUGUUAGCCCCAACCCUGCCGCCGCCGAAGCUUCGUCGCGCCUUAAUCGUCGGUCUCGGAUACUGUCGCCUCCCGAUACGCCCACGAAGCGGUUAUCGAUGGCGUCCAAUCCGUCGCGAGAAGCCCCCAAACCCAGCCCCUCACAGCUGCCACUCUCGUCGUCACCCGGCGUGCGUGGGCCGAGCCCGUGUCCGAGCCCCAAUCCCAGCACCAAAGGCCACACGAUCCCAUCGUUCCCGACCACCCCGCAGCCCUCGACGAGAAUCUCCAUCAUCUCGCUAACCUCGCCGCCCUGCGAUAACGACGACGACGGCCGCUUCCGCCCCCAGUUUGCGUCGUCACUGUCGUACGCAAGUGUCAGGGAUUUCGCAUACCCGCCUGUCCACCCUCUGCACUAUGGACCGACAAUGGCGGCGGGGGCGACGACGCCAGGCGUGGACCUCCAGGAGGCGGUGGCGGCCAGCGGCGUGUGGUUCCGCCGGCUGUCGGAUCCAGCCGUGUCGGGAGAGAAUCCUUGGGGCGACGAUUUCGGGGUACAGUUCCGACGAGGUCAGAACAAUCAACCGCCGCCACUCAACUUUGCCGACGGACCGCCAUGGAGCGAGGAUGAAGAUCUGCAGAGUCCCGUGGUGGUGCCGAAACACGCGGUCCAUCGGAAACACAAGUCGAGUGUGCCGCAGAGCCACCAUUCGCGCGCACACAACGGCAGCAACACCCUGACACCUACGCAGCUGCAGCACUUUCCGGGCACGAAGGGGGACUGGGCGGUGCGGAGGCGGAGCACCGGCAACGGCAGCGAUCUGGGCGAGAGUUAUUACCGGACAAGCGCAGGACCGCAGGAUCUGGAGGAUGGCGAGCCGGGCGGCGAGCUCUACCAUCUCGCCGAGGUGGACGAGUACAAUCCGCACAGCGCCGGCUACUACGAUCCGGACUACGUUUACUCCGACGACGAGGGCCCGGAUUUCAACGUCGAGGGCGAGGACUCGUUCGCAGACUACAGCUCGCGCUUCAGCAGGGAUUACCAGUUCACGAUCGCUAGCCCCGCAGAGGAGAUGCACGGCAAGGCGGUGGCUCUGUUCGAUUUCAUACAGGAGAACGAGAACGAACUGCCACUGGUGGAGGGCCAGGUGGUGUGGGUCAGCUAUCGGCACGGAAUGGGCUGGCUGGUCGCCGAGGACCCAAAAACAAGGGAGUCCGGCUUGGUACCAGAGGAGUAUGUGUGUCUGCUCAGGGACAUGCACCCCGGCCCGGACGGCCACAUGGAGAUGAACCCGUCGGCGCUCGUACCCGACGACGGUCUCGAGCACCACGCGCACGUAUCGCACUUCUCGACCAGCUCGCGCGACGUGCAUCCGUACGGCUUUCAAGUCGGACACGAGGACAGCAAGGAGCGCCUCGAGCAGAUCCGGAAGGAACAUGAAGAGCGCGAACGUGAUGCCGCGGCAACUGAGGAUGAGGACGCGGACUGCGGUACGCCGAAGCUCGGCAGUAUUGCGUUCGAGGCCGGAGUUAGAGCAAAUGGGCGUGUGCCCGGGGAGGAGGAGAUGGAUGCUGCUCAGGAGGAGGCGGAUGCUACCAAGGAGGAGACGGAUGUCGUCAAGGAGGAGACAGCUCUCAUCAAGGAGGAGAUAGCUCCCACCAAGGAGGAACUCCGUGCAGAGGAGAUACCCCGCACCACGGGAAAUGCCCAGCCAGCAGAGCAGAAAUCUCCGGAGAUUGAGGAGCAGACCCACACUCAGGAGAAACCCCGUGCAGACGAGAAACUCCGUGCAGAGGAUACACCCCGCACCUUGGGGAAUUCCCAGCCAGCCGAGCAGAAGUCUCCAGAAGCCGAGAAGAAAGAGACCAAGAAGCAGAAGAAGGGAAAGAAGAAGGCCACAGCGAAAUCAUAAAGGAGUAUGUACGCCCACGUCUACGACCAUGCUAUGUAUGAUGACGACGACGAUGCACGAAGGAAGACAAGGGGGAUGGAGGGAUGGAGGGAUGGAGGGAUGGAGGGAUGGAGGGAUGGAGGGAGUUUAUUUUCGUUGUCCUUCAUCUUCAUCUUCAUCUUUUUUCCAGCCUUAUGAAUG